AUGCAGUUUCGAGCAACUUUACCAUUAUUAUGGGCUAUUUGCCUAUCAUUCUUGAGCCUAAAUGUUGUGCUCGCCCACUCUCCGCACAAAAAUCCGUUUCCAACAGGUUGUUUACCGGACCCGUCAGACCCCUUGAAGGUCGAUCUGGGCUAUGCUGGAUAUAAUGGAGUGCAUAAUGCAUCUUCCGGUUUGAAUCAGUGGUAUGGAAUACGUUAUGCGCAGGCACCCAUCGGGAAGAGGCGAUGGCAGGUUUCGAAGCCUCCUAACACCAAGUUUAAUGGCACAUUCAUGGACGCAAGUACGUACGGACCGAUAUGUCCACAGGUAUUUGAUCAUAUCAAUACUCCUCCGUCUCCAUGGUCAGCAAGCGCGUCCCAGAGUGAAGACUGUCUGGUUUUGAACGUGUGGGCCCCAGAAAAUGCCACUGACCUACCUGUUUUUGUUUGGAUCCACGGUGGUGGCUACGGCGCUGGAUCUGCCGAUACCGACAUGACAUGGAUGGUUGAGACUUCUGUGACCAAAUUCGUCACUGUGGCUAUACAGUACCGCCUUGGGGCAUUUGGAUUCUUAGCGAGUAGUGAUGUUCAGAAACAUGGAACAGCGAAUGCCGGUCUCCAUGAUCAGUUUCUAGCACUGCAGUGGGUACAGAGAUAUAUCUCGUUGUUUGGUGGAGAUCCAGAUCGUGUUACGAUUGGGGGCGAAUCAGCUGGAGGUGGCUCGGUAAUGUUGCAAGCGAUGGCUUACGGAGGAAACCUAGGCGACGAACUUUUCAGCGGCGUUUUCCCGUCUAGUCCUUAUCUUCCUCAACAAUAUAAUUAUUAUGAUGAGGUUCCGACUACAUUCUACGAGAGAUUUGCUGCCGAGGUAGGUUGCGCUAACUCCGCCACUAAGAGAGUAUUUGACUGUCUCGUGGCGGCAGACACCAAGGCACUUCAAAACGCUUCUUGGACAGCUACUGCACAAGCCAAAUACGGACAAUGGGCAUUUACACCUGUGACGGAUGGAGAAUUUGUUCAACAGCGACCGAGUGUACAGCUUGCCACUGGCGUAGUGAAUGGCAAGAGAGGAUUGAUUGGAAAUAAUGCCAAUGAGGGGGUGUCUUUUACUCCUCAGAACAUCACCACUGAGGAUGCAUUUGUUGAAUUUGUGAAAUACUUGAUCCCAGAACUCACUGAUCAUCAGACGCAGCAAGUAUUAUCUCACUACCCUUUGCCGAGCAGUCUUCCCAAUGUUAGAUUUGCUACGGAUGGGUUGAGUAAGGAUGCGACUGCUGUGUUUGUGAGCCCAUUUGCUGUUGGGCAAGAGCAGAGAGCUAUAAACCUCUACUCUGAAAUAACAUUCGUCUGCCCAGCUUACUGGCUCGCGGAUGCGUACGGUAAAAAAGGUGGACAAAGCUACAAGUACCAAUUCUCCCUGAUAAACUCAUGCCACGGAGAGGACUUGCCGGGAUACUUUGGCAAUGCACCUCCCACUAUGUCUCAGGCGUUUCAGGACUCUUUUCUCUCCUUUCUCGACAGUUUCGUCACACAUGGAACUCCCAGUAACACCAGCUCUUAUACAGCUGACGUUCCGACUGAUACAGCUAAACUCCUAGCGUCAUGGCCGUCGUGGAGCAUAAACAACCGACUACAGAUGAACCUAAACCAGACAGGAGGGAUUUCCACCAUUGUCACAGAUUCAAAUGAUCCGUAUGGGACGGUUAUCAACACGUACGUGAAUCCAGGAUUGGUCCCUGACUUCACUAUAGUAGAUGGCUAUGCCUGGGAAGGGGAACGAGGAGUGCGAUGUGAUUUUUGGAAGUCGAUUGGAGCCGCCGUACCUGAGAAGUAG